GGUGGGUGUGGUUGGCAAGUGGUAGGGGGGAGGUGUGACGAGUGACGUGCGGUCUGGAAAUCAGGGAAGAGGAGUGGGAGGAUGGAGAGGAAUCUCAAACCUCCGAGGCUGCUUGUAAACGGAGAGCCGAUCGAUUGGAGGGGAAAGGCAAGAUGCGGGGGAAACAGGAAAGGUGGAGGUAUAGAGGGGGAGGUAGGAUAACUGAUGAGUUUCCAUGAAGCAAAUGUCUUUGGGUGGGUAGUUGGAGGGGUGGCAAACGAAAGGCCUUCUCUGUCUCCGUCUAUCUGAUGUUGGUGUGUGUGGUCAUCAUUAAAAAAAUAUUACUUACCUUAUAAAAAAAUUCGUCGCACAAAGUAGGUGUAACUUAAAUUCUGAAAGAAUAAAUUAAUUUAUUGAACCACAUCGAUGCUUGAAUGAGCAAUUCUAUUACUGAAUAACAUUAUAAUUUUUGUUGAUGGUUUGAAAGAGGAGCAGAGGGAGGUAGGGAGGCUGGAGAAAGAGUGAGAGACUAUAAUCGCCGACGGCUUUAUUCGUUGAAUAUUGUGAAGAUGGAACUGGUAAGAAGACUCGGGAGGAAGAAUUGCUGGCGUUGGUGCUUGUGUGCCGGUGGCUGUGGAAACUGCUUGUCGUGCAAGUCUCCUCCGCAGCCGUCGAUUGAUGCCGUGGCUUCCACUCGCCGCCUCCGUCGCUUCGUCUGCUUUCGUCGCGGGUUGAGGUCCGCGCGCUGGUCGUGGUGCCGUGCGCUGGUGGAGGGGCUACGGCCACGGCGGCAGCAGCAGCUGUUGAUGCUGGCAUUGGUGUAGUAGUGUAGCAGUAGAGGUUCUAGCUGUAGGAUGGACGGUGGCAGCGCUGUGCUCGAGUGGGAUGACGCCAGCAGCGGACGUGACGCGCCAACUCAGCGAUAGUUGUGACGCGCGCGCGCGAACGUCAGACGUGACUUGGAUGUGACGCGACAACGCGACGUCAGAUGUUGGUUGCGACUAUCGCGUUGUUGAUGUAAGAGUGCGUUGGUGGUUUGAGAAUUCGAUUCAACAACAUCGUGGAUUUCAUCGAUUGCACGUGCGGGCCAGAGGGAUAACCCUGACACAACGGCGACAGAAAGGACGAUAAUCUGCGCGUGAUCAUCCAGGAUUAUCUUACCGACAACUCACAGUCACUGUCGUGCGCAUGUGCGUGUGUGUGUCUGUACAGCUGUGUUCUUGGACGUCAACUUCUCAACGUUGGACAUCUAUCUUUCCUCUUCUUUACAGUGUCAGGGUUUGUUGAACUUUCUGCUACUUGACCCUGCAUGUCUCAAGCAUUGACCUCCGCCAUUUUGAAGCUGGACCUUACGGUGUUCAUGCUGCUGCUGACGUGGCAGAUAAUUUAUUGGAAUAACAGAUGUUAAAAUUGACCAUUUUGAUACCACCCUGCCAUUACUACUCUCGUGAGUGAGCUUCUCAUGGUCCUCACUUGGCAACCACCUCCUCCUCUCGUCUUUGACGAGGGCGCAUAACUCCACGUGUCAAGAAAACUCUCCCGAUUGUGUUACAGAGGAUUCAAUGGGACACAUCUACACGUCUCCCCAGGACCUCGACCGGUCACCGGAUGAUUUUAACCGUUAAGAAUCGGUCUCGCAGACAGACCGGUCUGGUGGAGAAAGGAGGAUGAGAUGGAGGAAGGCAGAAAUCUAAGACAAACCAUUCUCCUCGCCAAUUUUUCAGGAGUCGUCGGCAAACAGACGGGGAUGUUGUUGGACGCCCUCAGACGCUGUGGCCGAGUUGUCUCCCCUUCGCACUCUUGGCGUUGGGGCUGUGAUGAUUGAAGUGAUUGGAAAUAGUCUGGAGGCGCGCCCUUUGACCUUUCGAAAGGUCUUUCGCUGGUGCUGAUUGCGACGGGAGGUUUGAGCGCGAGGAGUGUCGCGGGCGGUGUUUGCCGCACCGUUUGAUCGUUACAAAUGUGGAAACGUCACCGCUGCGGUUAAAAACGUCAUCGCGAUGCCGAAGAGCAAGAAGAGGCUAAAAAUGUCACCGCUUUGAUAUCAAGCGCCACAGAGAGGAUGGAAAUGUCCCAGGUUGAGCAGAAAGCACGUGACCGAGAUAACGAGGUGCAAGAAGAGGCCAGAAAUCUCUCGGCGUCGAGAACAAACGUCACGGAGUGAAUAGAAACGUCACAUGCGGUAGCGAAGAAGCUGCUUUGAUGUUGCCUUUCUUGGAAGACGCAAGAUCACGUGAUUUAUCCGUUAUGCGUGCGUGAGUGCAUGGGAGUGGGCGCUUGCGUAUGCGUGCUUGGACCUAGUUCAUUCUACGCAUCGUCGCACGUUUACCUGUUACGUUGUCGAGGGUGAUAGAGGGGGUUGAUAGAAAUAUCAACAGAUAUACGAUGAGGUUUGAACCUACAGCCGAACGUACCACUUGGAGAGAGGUGGAGGAAAACCUCGCUACUUCGUGCGGAAGAAAGAAGUAAACAAAAAAAUCCCCUCUUGUAUACAAACAUUUGUCUUCAUGAGACAAGCUUGAGUGAAUCGACAUGCUAAUAAAGAAAUAUGGAGGCGAUCCAAGUUUCCUAUCUUCACUACCCGCCAUCCACAAACAAAGCGAAACAAAAUAAGACAAAGCAACCCCACCUCUUCCACCAACGGGGAUGAAGCAUCCUCCCUACUGAUGAUCAGGUGCUGCAUGACUUCCAACUGAGGCAAACGAGGGAGUACCUGGGGUGGUGGUGGCUGAGAUACCUGUAAUCACUAACGGACACUAACGGCCAUGACAGCCCACGCACCUCGCAGAUGGUUCCACAUCCCUGACAGGCGGCUCGGGGUCAUUCCUUUCGGGAUCUCAUCCAGGCUCCCAAGUACAGUGGUGUGAUGGAGUCGGGAUGUUUCCCCCGUGUCCCACUCAAUAUAGGAGGAAAAAUUUACUUUUAUCGGCGUGAAGGGAAUCGAACUCUAAGGUCCACAGUUUGAAACAAUCUCAAUUUCCUUGCCGGUCAGUUAUUGAUUGCGGCGGACUAAGUGAAAAAGAAAACGAAUCCCAGUCGCUAUCUCACAGGAGUGUGAAGGAGUCCCAGGAGAGGUAUGACAGUUGUUCUUGCAAGUGUAUUGAUUAUGUGACAAGGACUGCGAGGUAGUUCGCUGUAUAAUCUGUCUUACAUAACUAAUUCCUCCUCUGCCCUCAAUUUUUCUGUCUUCCCAAGAGACCAGAUGCAACCUUGGGUCCGCAUGACAAUCAUGGAACAAAAAUUACAGUUGGUGUUCACCAGCGACAGAGAAGGCGCAGCAGAACAUUCUGGAAAGUCGUCUCCAUGGUGCAGCAAGUGUCGUAUUUUGAGGAAGGAUAUAUUUAGACACCACUCAUGUCAGGCAGCACGGUUACAGCACUUCUGGGAGCCUUCAUUAUUUUGUGGAGGCGAGAAAAAAAGAACUGGAACGUAGUCUUCAAAGCCAAUUACUGGCUGAGACCAGCACUAAACUGCUUGAUGGUCUUUCUUUAUGCCUCCAUCCCUGCAUAUCUCUCCUUCCCUACAGUGCAGGUUCGUGUAUUCCAACAGGAAAUAGUUGAUCAAAAUUUCUCCUCUCACAUAAAGUGGUUCAAAGGAAUCUGAAUGAAAUCGGAACCAUACAUAAUCUUGUGCACGGGGGACACGGAGACGUGUGUUCUUCAAAAUCCUCAUUCCAGUCCAAUAUUUGUUUAAAUGCGCCGGAGGAAAUAGAAUGUAGGAUGGAUCUUCCUGAAGUCAACUGGAUUGUUUGUUUGUACCAAACCCAUCAGAGAAGACCAAUAAGAAAAAAGAGACCGUCUGACAUCAAACUGUAUAAUCGAUGGUCAAAGAAAUUUUAGUUUAGCCAUCGAGAGUUGCUAUUGGUUGUUCUGAACACGCAGACAAUCAAAUAAUAUUUUUUAAUAAAGUAGAAGUACCAGCAACAAUGUCCUAAAAAAGCCAAAUGACCGUGGACUGUGUGAAGAAGUAAAUACUGAGGAAUAUGGAAUGGAACAUCAUUUCUCUUUAGACGGUCUGUCUCUCUGUCUGUUUGUUUUCAGUUUCCCGGGAAUCAACUUGUUUUUCAUCGGCGUGUGGCAGGAUCGCCAAGAAGCAUUUCCAACAUUUCUCUGUAGUGUUUGGCAGCCGUUCACUCACAGUUAGAGAAUUUAUUUAAGCAUUUACGGUUUCCAUUGAUCCUGCGAUUCAUGUCUAUGUGUGACAUUUUCUCCUCUCGCUGCCUCGGAGAUGCUGCACGAGACCUGAAAUGUCGGAACGAAAUCCGAGAAUGACGUAACCAUUAUCCGGGUAUUCUGAAGAAUUUUUUUUUUCCGGUUGCAACCUCGGCAGUUUUGCCAUUGACUCUGGCAAACCGAGACUGAGAAAGAGCUUCGACCUAUGAAUGGUUUAGAAGUGAGUGUGGUUGGCUCGUGAUCUUUCGGGAAGUACGUCCUUGAGGUUUUUUUCUCCGCCAUCUUGUGACAAAAGUGCACAGCUGUCUGCUGAGAUGUGGAAUAACCUAGCUCCACCGAUCAAUCAUAAACCUGUUUUCACUCCUGACAUUUUUCGCCCUGCACUGGGACACAGAGUAAACGAGUUUAGGCUCGAGUGUAAACCUCCUUUCUGUCUCUCCGAGGUCUUCAGGUCAGAAUGCUGGACACAGAUCCUAGUCCAGGAGGUCUGAACUUGUUGAAGAGAGUGACCGAAAAUAUUUGGAGCCUGCGUUUAGACUUGCAAAAACAUUUUGUAUGAUAAGUACAGAGUAUUUCUGGUUGUUAUUGGAAAUGUUUAAUAAGUGACACGUGACACGGUUAAAAGACCGAUUGACAGGAACUGAGGCAUGCGAGGGAGAGAAGGCAAACAGCGAUGUGACACGUGACCAAAGGGUAGAGGAGAAUGAGUUUGUGAGUGAACCCCGCUUCCAGAGGAGUACUAUGGCCACAGGCUCUGUGGCCCAGGCAAGGCCAGCAGGUACCCGGAUUCCAGUGGUUGGCAGCGCCAAGCCCACCACCCUGUCUGCAUCCUCCCUUCCCGUCCCGCAAACUGUUGGAAGCAAGAGCAAGAUAACGAUCUACACGGACUGGGCCAACCAUUACCUGGAGAAGGCGCGAAACAAAAAGUUCAUCACAGACCUGCAACACGACAUUGCAGAUGGCGUCCUCCUGGCGGAAGUCAUUGAAGCCGUCACGAACGAGAAGAUAAGGGACAUCAAGCCCAAGCCCAAGAACUCGGCACAGAUGGUGGAAAACAUCAACACUUGCCUGACAUUUUUAGCGGGGCUUGGAGUGAGUGUCGAGGGGCUGAGUGCCAAAGACAUCAAGGACGGCAACCUGAAAGCCAUUCUCGGGCUGUUCUUCAGCCUGUCCCGCUACAAGCAGCAGCAGAAGACGCAGCAGUCGCAGAAGCAGGGCGACAGGGAGCCGUCGUCCAAAGACCCUCAGCAGCCGCCGCCGCAACAGCAGCAGGUCAGCAUCCUGCGGUCGCAGUGCAGCACCGGAAGUAGCAGCGUUGCCAUUGACAGCGACCAGGCCGGCAGCGGCGGGAAAGCAGCGCAGCAGCUCAAUGGCGGGGAGAUGAUAUCAAGACUGCCGUCACCAUUCCGCCAGGGUCACGCGAGCAAGGGCGGGCCAGCAGCAGCAGCAGCAGCCAGCAGCACCCCGUGCAAGGAGACCGCCCUCAGCACCGCGCAGCUUAACGCUCGAAACAGCCGCGCCGCUGCCGCCGCCGCCACCGCAGCCGCGCCUGCUCCUGUCGCAAGCACAGGAGACAAGAGUCGAUCCCACGGCAACCAGCAGAACAACAAUGUCGCCGCGUGGAACACGGGCUCGUCUUUAGCUCCACCCCGAAGUUCCGCCCAAGGCAGCAGUGGAGUUCAGCCUCGAGCUACUUCGCCGGGUGCAGCACCGACCUCAGGAAUCCCUACGCCGGUCGGUCGCGGACGUCCUGGAUCAGGUGGCGACAAGCAGUCGAACCGCACCAGCGCCAGUUCCACGUCUUCCACAUCCUCGUCGAAAAGCUCGUCGUCUAAGCCCUCGACCUCCUCGUCUUCGUCCGGCAACAAGAACUCUAUGUUGGACAAGUUCAAGUUCUUCAACAAGGACAAGGACAAGAAGGGCGGGACCAAGAGCGCGUCCAAAGCCAGCAGCAGCUCUCGCUCCGAGGCUGAGUCGCGCGGAGGCAGUUGUGACGUCAAGUCCUCUGCCAGCGCGCCAAACUCCUCGCCGUCGGAGAGUUCCGCGUCGUUAGCUUCCACUGUCGAUGGCGCAUGCGCGCCUGCGUCAUCAACCGCCCCUGCUGGCAAGGGCUCCUCCUCGUCCUCCGCCAAGUCCGGGAAGAAGUCGUUGGUGCGGGCCUUCAGCACCAAACGUGAGCACAGCAGCAGUAGUGGCGGUGGAGUGUCUGGGCCUGGCGCCUUGUCACCCGAGGAGCACCUAAGGCAGGCCUCCCCCGCACCCUCCCCUGUCCCUCCUGGCCUCGUUCUCGCCUCGCCUUCGAGCAGCGCCUCCGUCUUGUCGGGUAGCUCGCCGGCCUUGGGCCGCAAAACCUCGAGUGCCUCGGGGAGCAAAGCAGAGCGAGGGGAUCCACGGCUGGGCCAGCCCAGCCCCACCCCGUCCAAAAAAGGCUCCAAACUGGGUAGCUUCAUUCCAACCUCCAAGCCCUCUUCGUCAGCAUCAUCGUCGGGGAAGGGGUCAAAGUCUUCCUCAGGGCCGCCGUUGGACAUUGUUGGCCUUCAGUCAUCAUCCUCCGCUCCCACUACCCCGUCUGUUCCUCCCCCGCCGCUGCCUUCUACCAUACCAACGGGGAUCCCCAAGCCUCAGGGGCGAUCAGGCGGAAGAGGGUCAAAAGAGGAGAAGAGAAGCGGAGGGUCCAGUUCCCGUGAACACAAGUCUCUAUUUGGAGGUCAGCCUGGUUCGGGGUCUCAGAGGGGUCUCUCGUCUAGUUCUUCCAAAACGUCUUUACAGCAACCGCAGCAGCAGCAGCAGCAGCAGGUGCAGGUGCCGUUGACGCAGCAGCAGCUGCAGCGGCAUCACCAACAGCUGCAACAGCUACAACUGCAGCAGCUCAAACAACAACAGCAGCAGCAGCACCAUCAUCAUCAGUCGCGUGGUCAACAUUACGAACAUAGUGGUUACCCAGAGCAACAACAGCAGCCGACAAGUCCAUCGUUCUCCACAUUCAGCUCUGUACCCGGCAACUUUCACAUCCCUGGGUAUGCGAACAUCUUCCAACAGCAGCAUCAACAGCAGCUCCAGCAACACUCCACCCCGACCUCACCCACCUCGUCACAGCCUUUACGGCUGCCUCCGAGCAACAGCAGCCACAGCGUGCAGAGCGGGCACGCGCGAGUGAACGUGCAAAGCCUGGACAGGGGGGAGGUGUUAGGGCCCGGCUCCAACGGCCACGCACGCAGCUUGGAGAGGCAUGCUAAGGAGUCCGCCAUGAGCCUCCACGACGUCUCCGACCGCAGCGCCUUCAGUCCUACCUCCUCCACCGCGGCCCACUACGUGCCGGUGACCAUCCCCGCCGCGGGGCUGGAGGGGCAUGGUAGGACCGGGCUGGGAGGAGUGGUGGUGAGAGAGGGGGCUCAGCGAGAGUCUCCCACACACCCCUUUGAUGUCCCCCAGCCCUAGCCGACAUGGGUCUCCCCCACGACGACAGCCAUC